UGGCCUCUGAGACUCCAGAGGGAGAUACUGGCACAGGAAAACCUACUGCAAUAUGGGGGGCCAUGCUUGUCAAGCAUCAGCCCAGGGAGACUUGCAGGUGCAAAGAGAAACACGGGAGGAGACUCUGAAGCUGGGGAGGAAAGGGAAGGCUGGGCUAGGGAGAAGACCUUACUUUCCUCAGUUGCCCAGGGCAAGACCCUGAAGAUGUCUAAGCUCAAAGUUAUCUACCAAGGGCAGCCAGGUAGUUCGGUGGAUAGAGGACCAAGCCUAGGACAGGCAGAACCUGGGCUCAGAUCUGCCUUCAGGAGACUUCCUAGCUGAGUGACCCUGAGCAAGUCACUUGACACCCAUUGCCCAGCCCUUACUGCUCUUCUGUCUUAGAUAGGAUACUUAGGAUGGAUGCUGAGACAAAAGGUAAGGGUUUUUAAAAAUGUUAUUUAAUACGUGGGGGAGGGAAGAAAGGAGGGAGACAAUUUAGAUCAUAUAACUUUGGAAAACUUACUUGGAAGUUUGUUAUUAAAUUUAAAAAAAUUAAGUUACCUUUUCCCCCUUAAAGAUACGUGACCCCUAGAAAUCAGGACCAGGUCUCUGAUGCCCUUCCUUUGGUAUCCAGCAGAUUGUCCACAUGCAAUGUCAUCAUUGAGGCAGCUCCAAUUAACGAUCAAUCAACAAACACUUAUUAAGUGUUUACCUUGUGCCAGGCACUGUGCUAAGUCAGUGAGUUAGGUGGUUAGAAGUAUGAUUAUCUUCAUUUUACAGGUGAGGAAACUGAGGGAUUAAGUGACGCAGCCAGGGUCACUCAUGGCCAGAGUUAGAGCUUGCAUUCAAACCUAGAGCUCUCCUGGUUUCAAGGUCAACUCUCUUUCCUCUAGCACCUUGGCACUGCUGAGAAGGAUUCAUGGAGGGGGAAAACAUAGUUCAGGAAAAGCUCGUUGACCCUGGAAUCCAAAGUGGUAGAUUCGAAUCCUGCCUCUAACAUCUACUUAUGUACCUUGGAUACAUUCCUUAACUGAACAGCUUUCUCAACUGUCCGAUGAGGGGGGUGGGCUAGGUUGCCUUAAAGGUUUAGCCCUAGGUCUACAUGCCUAGGUAAUGUCUAAGAUUUCCUCCCUCCCCAUAAUUAAGAGCCUUUUGGAACCACUCACAAACCUCUGCUACUAUAUCCCACAAACCUCGGCUCCUGUUAUCUCCCCGCUAGAUCAAGGGCACUGGAGGUGUCCAAGCAGAAGAUGAAAAGAUCAUUUGCCUGAAGGCUCCAGAAGGGAUUCAAACUGGGGCCAGGCGGCUGGCCUUCGGGACGGCUCUGGCCUCUUGAGUCUUCGAGAAGCAAUGAUUCCGUGACUCCUCGGGUCUGAACAAUUGGGACAGAUGGAGGGAGACAAGCCGUGUUAUUGGACCAUUCUGGGGGCGGCUAAGUGUUUCCUUAGCGUUAAGGGUUGAUUGACCAACCUCAAAGAACAACCCAGCAUCUUCCCUCAUUUGUCCUUUGACGUGGCUUCCUCUUUCCAAGAUCCCAGAUCUGGGGACUGAUCUCGGGGUCGGGGGCAAGCCCAAGGCGUAUUUAGCCUCCGUCUAGACCCCUGCCACCUGGCCCCAAGCCUUUUCCCCCUUCUGGACAAAGCAGGGUCUGCCUUUGGGAAGCUGAAGAAGGCUCAGGUCAGACAGGACAGUUAGAGCAUUUCUUGCUCGGCCAAAAUGGCUAUGUGAGGAGACCAGGGCACCAGUGGAUUGCCCUUCCCUGAUCCCCUGAGCUGGAGCCGGGCUGGGAGGAAGCCCAGAUGGACAGAUGGAGAGGGCAGGGGACAGGAGGAAGCACAGACGUCUAAACCAAUAACAAGUUGGACUAAUUGAUAAGGAGCUUAUGGGCCCAACAGGCCAGGUGGGGUGAGAUGACCCAUCCCUGGCAGCAGCAGGAAUCAGAGAAGCAAGUAAUUUUAUCCCGACAUGAAAGGGAACAGAUCUGGAAGGCUAGCUGAGGGAGGCAUGGGCAGCGAUCUGGUUACACUGUAAGUUUUCCACCAGAAGCUUUUGCCGAGCCUCCAAGGGGAGCCAGGCUGUAAGGCUGGGGGAGCACAAAUCCAGGGAAAGAGGCCCCCGGGACAGAUUGAGGGAAGGGCAAGGGACCAAGGGGCUGGGGAAGUAGGGAGAACAGGCAGAGGCGCUGCAGGCUGAGGACUCUUCAGUGGGGUGGGGGGGACAAAGAAGAGGGCCACUGUCAGCCCUGAGCCCCCCUUCCUGCACGGGGCUGACUCUCGGUUACUGAUGGCUCUGGCCUCAUUGAGAUCUGGGAGAGCUCUGUAAUCCUAGCUGUGGCUAAUUAAACCAGGCGUAGCUCCUAAGCGUGCACACCGUCUGAUCCACCUCAUCGCUUCUCUCUCCCCUGCGCAGCUGGUCAUGUAAGAAGUGACCUGGUGGUGCCUCAGUCAGUGGAAGAGCAAUUGGCCCCCGGGACCCCUACCCCAUGGGGUUCAAUGAGGGGAUCCCCGAGAUAGCUAAAGAAUUGGUGCCCAGGGCAGGUGGCCCCUGACCUGUGCCGGCGGGGAUUCUUAGCUCCAGUUAGCUAAGCGGCUCUUGCUGGAGGAGAGGAGAGUCUGGAGAAAAGUGAGCAACGCGGGUACCCACACCGGGUGGGCCAGGAUAAGCCAUCGUCACAAGGGGUCCCCUGGGGGCCCCAAAGAUGCCAACCAAUGGGAUCCACCAGGUGCUGAAAAUACAAUUUGGCUUGAUCAAUGAAGAAGACCGCUAUCUGACGGCGGAAAGCUUUGGCUUCAAGGUGAACGCCUCGGCCUCCAGCCUCAAGAGGAAGCAAAUCUGGGUCCUGGAGCAGGAUGAAGGCAGCAGCUCGGCCGUCUUCUUCAAAAGCCACCUUGGACGCUACCUAGAAGCCGACCAGGACGGGAAGGUGUCCUGUGAAGCGAAGAAGCCUGGCCGGGAUGCCCGUUUUCUGAUCGUUACCCACUCGGAUGGGCGCUGGGCCUUGCAGUCAGAACCCUACAGGAGAUUUUUUGGAGGCUGCGAGGACCAGCUCUCCUGCUUCUCAACAACCAUCACCCCUGCCGAGCUCUGGACGGUCCACCUUGCCAUCCAUCCCCAGGCCAAUCUACUGAGCAUCAGCCGCAGGCGCUAUGCCCACUUGUGCCCACAGGAGGAUGAGAUUGCAACUGACAGCAACAUUCCCUGGGGCGUGGAUGCCCUCAUUACUCUUAUCUUCUUGAACAAGCAAUACUGUCUGAAGACCUGUGACAGUCGCUAUCUGCGCAAUGAUGGGAAACUGGUGUGGGAGCCGGAGCCCCAGGCUCGCUAUACCCUGGAAUUCAAAGCUGGCAAGCUGGCGUUCAAGGAUUGUGAUGGCAGGUACCUGGCCCCCAUGGGGCCCACUGGGACCCUCAAGGCGGGGCGCAGCUCCAAGCCAAGCAAGGAUGAACUCUUUGACCUGGAGGAGAGUCACCCCCAAGUGGUGUUUAUGGGCUCCAAUGGGCGCUACGUUUCCAUCCGACAAGGGAUCAACGUCUCGGCCAAUCAGGAUGAAGAGCUGGACCAUGAGACAUUCCAGAUGCAAAUUGACCGUGAGACCAAGAAGUGUAUUUUCCAUUCCAACACUGGGGAUUACUGGACCCUGGUCACUCAUGGGGGUAUCCAGUCUAUUGCCACACAAGUUGCUGCCAAAACCAUGUUCGAGAUCGAAUGGCGAGGCCGACGAAUAGCACUCAAGGCAAGCAAUGGGCGCUACAUCUGCACAAAGAAGAAUGGGCAUCUAGCAGCCAUCAGUGACUUUAUUGGUGAGGAUGAGGAAUUCAUCAUCAAGCUCAUCAACCGGCCCAUCUUGGUGUUAAGGGGCAAUGAUGGUUUUGUCUGCCACCAUCGAAACUCCAAUCUGCUUGAUACAAAUCGAUCGGUCUAUGAUGUCUUCCAUAUCAGUUUCAGCGAUGGCGCCUACCAGAUCCGAGGCAGAGGCGGUAAGUUCUGGUACAUAUCCAGCAACGGCAACGUGUGCAGUGAUGGCGAGAGGUCAGAAGAUUUCUUCUUUGAGUUUCGAGAGCGAGGCCGAGUGGCCAUCAGAGGCAAAAAUGGCAAAUACCUUCGGGGAGCCUCAUCAGGCAUGUUGAAGGCUGAUGGAGAGUCCCUUGCCCAGGCCACCCUCUGGGAGUACUGACUCCCAGCUACCUGGAUGAAUCACCUCCAGAACUUCCCAAGAAUGAAGCAGGAGGAGAGAAGAGAUUCGAAUAUAAGCAAAAGCAGGGAAGGAGUCUUGGUGUCCUCCUGGAGUGGGUGGGGGAUUCCUCCCUCCUUCAGCUACAGAACACAUUGCAUGAUCAUAACUUCCUCUUAACCCCUAUCUCCUACAUAAAAUUCUUGUCUGAGA